UUGUAUAAUGUGGAUUUUUUUAGUUUUAUAUAAUUUAUCUAUUCUAAUUCUCAUUAGAGGUUUUAUUUUGAAAGUUGCAAAAAUAGAUACAAUCGCAGCACCAUUAAUACUUCAGGGACAGAAUGGUGAAAUUAAUCAUCAUUGAAUUAAAUGUAAUCAAAUCAAGAGAUCGAGGUCCCUUUUUAUAUGAAAUGCUUAUUUGAUUUGUUAUGAUCUCAACUGUCAAAAUGAACAUAAAUCCAGAUCAACGGGAACUAUUUGGUUUUCUUCUCUUCGACUGCUUGGGUCACAAGAAAGUUUAUUCUGAUGCUGACAUAAGUUCUGUUUUCCUGCCGCUUUGACGUAAUAAAAACCCUGUGAAAUGAAUUUGUAGAUAUAUGUAGAUAAUGCAGACAUUCAUAUUUUCACACAUAUUCAUAUUUUACAAGUUGUGUCCUGUAUGAGUGAUUGCAUGCUCAAAAGUUCCCACAUUUCAAGGCAGGGGUUUGUUGGGAUUUUCUGCAUUUUGGCUUUAAUAUAUAGCCGUCUAAAUAUAAUCUGGCCUGCCCACUCUGGUCACGCUACCUCAGCUUCCUGCCCCAGUGUGAGUCAAAUUUAACCCUAAUUUUAAAAGGCAGAUGCACGACAGCGCUCAGAAGACACCUCUGGGCUCAGUCUGCACCCGGCUCUUCCUCUGACAGGACAGAAGACUCAGAGAGCAGAUUCAGUCACAAUGGCUGAGCGCUACGACUGUACAGAGUGUACAAAGUCUCUUUACGGGCAGAAGUACCUCCUGAAGGACUACAAGCCGUUCUGUGUGAAGUGCUUCGAGGAUCUUUUCUCCACCAACUGUGAAGUGUGCCAGAAGCUCAUCAGCUGCACCAGCAAGGAUCUGUCAUACAAGGGCCGCCACUGGCACAGCGACUGCUUCCUCUGCUUCAAGUGCGACCGAUCUCUGGUGGAUCGGCCUUUUGCCACCAAGGAUGACAUGCCGUUGUGCAUCGAGUGCUACAGCAGCGAGUACUCUUCCAAGUGCCAUGCGUGCCUGAAGACCAUCAUGCCAGGCUCCAAAAAGAUGGAGCAUAAGGGCAACAGUUGGCAUGAGAAUUGCUUCACCUGUAACCGUUGCCAGCAGCCCAUUGGCAGCAGGAGCUUCAUCCAGAAGGACGCCAACAACUACUGCCUGGCCUGCUAUGAGAAGCAGUUUGCCAUGCAGUGCAUCCACUGCAAGAAGCCCGUCACCACUGGAGGAGUGAACUACCGUGACCAGCCGUGGCAUAAGGAGUGCUUUGUUUGCCUCGGCUGCAAGCAGCAGCUGGCCGGCCAGAGGUUCACCUCUCGGGACGACUUCGCCUACUGCCUGGACUGCUUCUGCAACCUGUUUGCCAAGAAAUGUGUCUCCUGCACCACCCCGAUCAGUGGUCUCGGAGGCAGCAAGUACAUCUCUUUUGAGCAGCGGCAGUGGCACAACGACUGCUUCAACUGCAAAAAGUGCUGUGUGUCUCUGGUGGGUCGAGGUUUCCUGACGUGCAAAGAGGACAUCCUCUGCCCCGACUGCGUCAAAGACUUCUGAGUGAUCGCCGAGCCCAAGCUCCAAUCAGAGAGCAUUGGCAGUAUUCUCCUAACCUAUCAUUUAUUGAUUUCUCACACAUU